CGCUGACCUUUACUAUCAAAAGAUAAAGCUUCCAUCAGAACUUUAUUCUGGCAUUGAAGAUUUGUGAGAAAUGUUUGAAGUUUAAACUAACCAAAGGAGUUUGUUAAAUAUACCAACCUUGUAAAUAUUGAAAUUUUGGAAAUCAACAAAUUCGUGAAAUAUGGAAGAAAAGCAAGUUGAAUCGAUGGUUGACGAUGAUGAAAGAAAACUUUGGAGAAACUGGACUUUCUUAAAGCACGAACUUCGGGUUGAAGAGUUGACAGAAGGGUUGUUCAAAGCAGGAAGAUUCAAUGCUGAAACCAAAGAAAUGAUUUUAACAGUCCAACCAAAUACAAAAUUCAUGAAAGCUGAAAAGUUUUUGAGUGCUUUAAUACGGUCAGGUAUAAAAGGUUAUAAAACAUUUUGUAAACUGAUGCAGACUGACCCGUCAAACAGAUAUGCAGAAGUCAUGGAAAAGUUAGGAAUAUCUGAUCAAGACGAUAUGUCAGAUUCUGUAUCACAGGCUGAGUCAGAAGAACAGAGACCAAUAUCAGCAAAGUCCAGCAUGAGUGGGGGAACAGGAAUAAGCUCAAAAGAUGGAGAAACAGGCGAGAAGAAAAUAAAACCAUCAGUACCAGAUAUUUUAAGACAACUUCCGGGUCCAACAAAUGAAAGUGGUACAACAACGCCAAACUUACUGACGACUCCAACAAGCCUUAUUCGACAAGCCUCUGUAACGAGCACACCUAACAACGAUACGGCAAGUGCUGUUUACGCUGUCAGAACGGCUCUGGAAUCUGGAGAAACAACAAAUACAGUAGCCGAUUUAACUGCACUGGAAAAAGAAUUGGUUAGAAUUGCACCUACAAUAGCUGAUCUUUUUCAGAGAAUAACAAAAUCUAAGGACGAGCAACCAAAUGCCUCCUCAGUUGAGGAGUUAAACAAACUGAAAGAGGAAAAUGAGAGAUUACGAAGAACAAAUCGGACACUGAUAGAAAAGUUAAACAUUUUUCAACAACAGAUUAUUAAUCUGCAGCUAGAGAAUAAAAAGUUACGUGCUAACGAUAAAUGUGACCAAAAGUCGAAGGAAGAAUUGAACAAACGAAAUCAAGAACUCGAAAACUUGAGAAAGAAAUUCGAAGUACAACAGCAAGAACUCGAACGAAAGGAAGUAGAACUCAAUACCCAGCUGCUUAAAAUACAUGAAAUAGAGGAGGAAAAUGAACGACAAAAAAUCCAAAUUAUGAAGUUAGAAGUAUUGCAUGACGAAAGUGUAGACGAUAGGAAAGAACAGCAAGAUCAGAUAGAACAACUGAUGAAAGAAAAAGUACAUCAACAGUAUCAAAUAAAUACUUUGACAGAAAAGCAAUCUGCAGACGAAGAACGCUUGCAAAAGAUGGAACAACGCUUACUUAUGCUUGAAAAUAUUGGAAGUGGAUCCAGAGCUUCAUAUUGGAAUAAUCGAAGUCGAGACAAGAACAAACGGACCACUCGAGUCGUGUCUCCACCACGAUCUAUGCCAUGGAUGAACGGAGUUCUGAAUCGAUCGCAUAAUGCUAAUGUUAAGUUUAACCCUCCUACUCCACUUAAUAAACCUCCCCAAGAAAAAGGAUGGUCAUUCUGAGAAGAUAUCAACACUUUGAUAACACUAAGAUCGGAAUGAGGCAAAAGAAAAUUAAAUAUGAACCAAAUAAUCUUGAAAAUUCACUUAAAUGUGAAUUCUGACACUCAGAAGUACCCCUUUAAAUAAUAAUAUAAGCUGUUGAAAGGGAUUUCAAAUAGUUUUUGCUUGUUGAAUUUUGUAUUUUACACGACGUAAUCGAAACAGACCGAUGAAACUUUAGUUGAACAAUAAUAUUAUUGUUAUUUCAUAUUUUUUUUUCAUUUCGAGAUUAUAAGACAGUAAGCCAUUUUUCAAGAUUUAUGUUAUCACAUGUGGCAUCAGUGAAAAAAAGAUUAGUGUGAUAGAUCAUUAGUAUUCAUUCAUACAAAUAUUAACUAAGUUAAUUUUUCACUCCUACUGAAAUUGAGUGUGAAAGAAUUUGCUAUCAUGCGGUUGUUUGUUUAUCAUUUUUAUUAUACGUAUUUAUAAGCAAAUAAUGUUAUAAUUAAAAUCUCAUUUUCA